GUUCCUGGGCCGGGAGGGCGCGUGCGCGUGGAGCUGAGCUGAGCUCGGGACCCCGGGUGACGCGACGCGACGUGACGUGACGUGACGCGCGGGUCGAGCAGCCCCUCCCGACCCGCAGCAACCUCGCCGCCGCCCGAUGGCGACCUAGAGCCCCCUCCCCCCCCCCCCCCACCCCUUCACCUCCCCCCCCCACCACCACCACCACCACCACACUCCCCCCGGCUUCACACAGCUCCCGGCCUACUCCACACGGGCGGUCCGGGCCGCGCAGCCCCGCACUCGGGGGUUGAACUUAAUAAAGGAAGAUGGUAAGCAAUCAAGUUGUACUGGAGUCAAAGGCAGCCCCUAAAAACCUAUUGGAAGAAAUGCACAAACUCCGCAUCUUAUGCUACUUCUGUGAUGUGACAGUGCAGAUAGAGCACCAAGGCAACAAAGAAGAAUUCGUUGCUCACAAGGCUGUGUUGGCUGCUGCCAGCAGUUACUUUAAAGAGCUAUUCCUUAAUGAAAUGGUGAACACUAAGAUUACUAUCGUAACUUUGCAAGAUAUCUACACAGCAGACUUUGCCUCUUUUCUGGAUUUUAUUUAUACGGCAAAAGUGGAGGUUGAAGCCGAGAGGGUACAAAGAAUACAGGAGAUUGCAGAGAAGUUGAAGUGCAAAGAGCUUGCAGAAGUCUGCAGUCAGGUAAAAACACAGAUACUUGAGACUGCUCUGAUGGACUUGGGCAGUUUGGCUGAUUCCCACGAAGUAGAGGGACUCAAAGGCAACAAACAGCUUAGAGAUUCUGUAUCCAUUCCUUCUCAAAACACAUCAGUGAUACCUUCUACAGUGCACAAUUGCAAAGUAUCCUCUGGCCAAGAUGUUUCAGAUGAAGAGAAAGUUCAUGAGAGAGAUUUGAAUGCAAUACCAGCAACCACCAGAACCAAAGGCUGGGAGAAAUCAGAAAAGGAAAAGAAAAUGGGGAAACCAUUAAGUGUAAAGGCCAAGCGAGCCAGUGGAAGGCUGGCAGGCCGAAAAGUCUUUUUAGAAAUUCCCAAAAAGAAAUAUACACGGAAACUAAGAGAGCAAGAGAAGGUUAAUCAAGAUUUGGAAGAAGAAUCUGAAAAAUUGAUCUCUGUGGAAGAUAAUCAAAACAUGGAAGACCAAGUCAAGAAGGAAACAAGUGCAGAAGUUGUCAUUGAAGAGCCAGAUGAUGAAGAGAUGAUGGAAGGGGAUGAUGAAGAUGAAGAGGAGGAAGAAGCAGAAAGUGAUGAUAGUGAUUUUGAGUUGGAUGAAGAUACUAGAAAGACUUCUGAUGAGAAUGAGAAGAAGAGAAGAGGUGGAAAUUUCAAGUGUGAUAAAUGUGAGAAAGACUUUCAGUAUGAGAAAAGCUAUUUGAAACACAUCGAACAAAAUCAUGGUAUUACUCCAGAAAUCAUUUACCGCUGCGAGACCUGCAACCAGACUUUUGCUAAUCGCUGCAACUUAAAAAGCCACCAAAGACACGUUCACGUUGAAGAACGUCGCUUCCCAUGCUCACUCUGUGGUAAAAAGUUUAAAAGGAAAAAAGAUGUGAAGCGGCAUAACCUUCAGGUUCAUGAGGGGGGUGGAGAGCGCCACUUAUGCUUGCAGUGUGGUAAAGGACUAAGUUCCAAAACCGCCUUGAGGCUCCAUGAAAGGACGCACACUGGAGAUAAACCUUAUGAAUGCACUGAAUGCCAUGCAAAAUUCUCUCAGCCGUCUGCACUGAAGGUGCACUUGAGGGUGCAUACCGGUGAAAAGCCUUUUGCCUGUGAUGAAUGUGGUGCCAGGUUCACACAGAAUCAUAUGUUGAUAUAUCACAAGAGAUCUCAUACAGGUGAAAGACCCUUUAUGUGUGAAACAUGUGGGAAGAGUUUCGCUUCAAAGGAGUAUUUAAAACACCACAAUAGAAUCCACACUGGAUCAAAGCCAUUUAUAUGUGAAAUCUGCUAUCGAGCCUUUGCACAAAGAAAUUCUCUUCAUCAGCACCUUAGAGUUCAUACAGGUGAAAGGCCCUAUUGCUGUGAUCAGUGUGGUAAACAGUUCACACAGCUGAAUGCUCUGCAACGGCAUUAUCGGAUACAUUCAGGAGAGAAACCUUUUAUGUGCAGUGCCUGUGGAAGGACCUUUACUGAUAAAUCCACACUCAGAAGACAUGCCUCAGUCCAUGACAAGAAUGCACCAUGGCAGUCCUUCCUUGUCACUUUGGACGAGGGCUCAAAAAAGGGACAUGUUCGUAAAACAGACCUCCAUGCAUUUGUUGAUUGUGAACAAAUUUCCCCAUCCGAGGCACAAGACAACUCUGCAUCUUGUUCAGAAUUGAUAAAUGAUCAAAAUGCUGUAACGCUUCAUAGAAACAUCUCCAGUGGACAUGAACAUGACACAUCGGGAACAUCAGAUUGGAGGGCAGCUGAUCUGCCUUCCAUCACUAUGGUAACUCAAGGAACCUCAAUGGCAGCCACUUUUAAUGAGCUUGCAGUGCUUCAUGCCCCAGCAGAUUCAGUACAGCCUCACCUGCACACCUUGGCUAACGUUGAACAGUUAGGUACAACAAGUUCACAAGGUCUGGUCCUUGACAACAAUGCAUUGGAGAAAAAUGGGACUACCAACACAAGCAUUGUGACUACAAUUUCAGUACCUGCCUGCUUAGCUAUGACUAGUCACAUGAAUAACAUGUUAACACAUGCAGCAGGGGUUGGGCAAAUGCCAAGUGGAACUCCUGUCACUAUAUCUACAGGUUCUCCACAGUUAACUGUUAUGCAGAGUGGUAACCUGCCAGUGUUGCAAAGUACAGUAAAUGGAGUGACCAAUAUUCAGAUGUAAGGUAUUAAGCGGUAAUGCUAUUUCCAUUACCCCUUAGACUCAUGGAUUCAAUUUCAAUCUAGACUUUGAAAAGGACAAACAAUAAUAAAUUAUCACAUUUUUGUUAUCUGUGAAAUACCUGUAAUUUUUGCUCAUUGACUAUGACUGUAUUCUGUAGUGAACUGGAGCAUCAAUGGUACUGUAUUUUUUUUUACAAUUCCCUUUGAGGCUCAGUUGCAAUUCUCUUGUGCUUCCACUUUUUCUGAUAUUGUGUGAUGGGGUUGCAUUGUAAUGGAUUUAGAUUUUUUUUUAAAUAAAGUAAGUUGUAGUAA